AAACAGCUCGAUCCGCGACGAGUGACUAGCAACCUCACAACGCUCCGAUGAAGUGCUCGAGAAAAGCCGACUCCAACACGUAUCUUAACUGAGACAGCAUUCCACAGAUUUGGGUCAGCCUGGGCUGAGGCCACCUACCCACCCCGUCUGCGUGCGCUUUUUGCGCGUCCGCUCCACGAAGGACUACUUCCGGCUCCGUGACUUCACUCCGGGAGAAACAACAAACGCCACGGAAUCCUCUUCGCGUUUCGCUGCGCCCGCCGCUCACUGUAAUGCCGACCGAUAUCUGCCGCGCCACCAGCCGCUGCGACAAGCUUCCCUGAGCGCCCGAAAAACGCCAGUCAUAACACACGCCCAACCGAUCCUUGCUCGAACCGAUCGUUUACAUUCGUUUCUUAGCCAUGGCAAGCGCGCAGCUCAUGGAGGAGGAGCUGCAGCGCAGCGUGAUGGUUUUGGAGGGUGCCGAUAUCCAGCUUGGAGACCCCGAAAGCGACCACGUAGACCCCCGCGCCUCCGAAGGUGCCUCCGAUGCCACCAUGGCUUCCUUCAACGAGGAUUCUGUGCUUGUCGCCAACGGCAGGCAAGACGGGAGUCACAUAGUGGACAGCGUCGAGUCCGAGCAUGGGGAGGAUGCUGGUGGUGAUGAUGAGGAUGGCGAUCAGGAGGAUGGCGACCAAGAGGAUGGUCAAGACCAUGAAGACGACGACAUCGACGACGACGAAGAAGUUGGCGACGAUGAAGAAGAAGAGGCAGAUUCGGGUCAAGAAGACAGCGAGAUUUCCGAUGAGGAUAACGAUGCCGACGAAGAUGUGGAACGCCACUCCGAAUCCCCCUCUGCGCGAAGGGGUGGGGCAAGUACCAAGGAGGACGUCGAGGAGGACGUCGAGGAGGACGUCGAGGAGGAAGAUGAUGACGAAGGUGUCGGUGCGGUUAAAAUUAGGCCGGGCGAGACCGACGACGACAGCGAGGACAGUAACCUAUCUGACGGGCAGAGCGAGAGCAGCGAAGAAUCUGAUGGCGAAGCUGCUUGGGAAGAGGCUGUUGAGCAGAACGAAGAAGACGAGGACGAAGAAGAGGAGGACGAGGACGAUAACAUACCUCUCGGGAACUGCAUGUUCUGCAAGGACGGCGACGAGCGGGGGUCGUACCUGAAGUGCAGAAACUGCGGAGAGAACUCACACGAGGAGUGUGCAAGGAACAACUCGGCUCUCGAGGAUACGACCAAUGCUGGCAAAUGGAGAUGCCCAGAGUGUGCAUCGGUCGACGAUGUUAUCGAGGCCGAUGGUGAGGCCGAGGAGGCAGUGUCCCCGGCCGCCGAGGAAUCUCCCUCUGCACCACGAAGCACAUCCACCCCAAAGCUCACGCGGGACUUGCUCCCGUCGCAGCGCGGAGCCGUCAAAGCAGACUCCCACUCUGUCUUCAACACCCUGGUGCUUGAUGACGACCCUAUGGACGGUUCCCGCGUGCUGAGAAAACGCAAGACAUCGUCGAUUGAGCCCGAGGACAGCAUCAUGUCGCUGCGCAAGCGCCGUAAGGAUACACCUGAAGAACAGAGUCAUGCCGAAGAUGUCAACGGCGGUACGGAGGCAUCUACAAGACCCCAUUCCGUGCGCUCCCUGAGGGUCAAGACAGCCGAAGUGACAGUGGCGGCGACUGUGGAAAAGAGGAUACGGGGAAGCAUCGUGAUCAAAUUCAAGGCCAGCCCUGCGGAGCUUCGGCGAAUCAACGAGCGACCCCCUGUGGUUCCUAAGCGCCGAGGGGGCAGGUCGGGGAGCGGAAGGUCCGCCGGGCGCUCUCGCACAUCGCGCAGCGUUGCACAUGUCGCACCCCCGCUAACCACACCAUUUUCGUCAACCACGUUCUACCAACCCUUCUUCUUCGACAAAGAGACAGAGGAGAUGAAGGGAAAGCCUUAUGGCGGCAUCUUGGACGAAGCCGAGGCCGAUACAACUAAGACGUUCCCUCAACCCGAGGACCGCAAACGCUUCGACGAGGCCAAGCAGAAGGCCGAGGAAGAGUGGAGGCAGCGCAUCUUGACAAUGCAGGCCAACUUGGAGGUGCCAGUGAAGAAGGCCAAGAAGUCGUCUGGUCCCGCGAGCCAGAUCGAGUGCAUCGAUUUCGGCGGCUGGGAGAUCGAUACCUGGUACGCCGCGCCGUACCCCGAGGAGUACAGCAGAAACAGGGUUCUUUACAUCUGCGAGUUCUGCCUCAAGUACAUGAACUCGGACUAUGUCGCCUGGCGCCACAAGCUCAAGUGCCCAGCGAAGCACCCCCCAGGAGAUGAAAUCUACCGCCACGGCUCCGUCUCCGUGUUUGAGGUGGAUGGCCGCAAGAACCCAGUGUAUUGCCAAAAUCUUUGUCUUUUGGCAAAGCUUUUUCUCGGCUCCAAGACUCUGUACUAUGACGUGGAGCCGUUCCUGUUCUACGUGCUCUGCGAGUACGACGAGUUCGGCUACCAUUUCGUUGGGUAUUUCUCCAAGGAGAAGCGGGCGAGCAGCCAGAACAACGUCAGCUGCAUCCUCACCCUUCCAAUACACCAGCGCAAAGGAUAUGGAAAUCUCCUCAUCGAUUUCUCGUACCUUCUCACUCGCGUCGAGAAGAAGACUGGGUCUCCAGAGAAGCCGCUCUCAGAUAUGGGCCUGGUCUCUUACCGCAACUACUGGAGACUGGUUCUUUGCCAGUACCUAGCCGGUCAUGUCUCCGACAGCAAGUCAGAAUCUGCCGGCUUGAGUAUCAAGCAGAUGUCUGACGACACUGGCUUGACUCCCGACGACGUCAUUGCGGCCCUAGAAGGGCUAAGAUGUCUCGUUCGAGAUCCGCAGACCGAGCUCUAUGCCUUCCGGGUCGAUCUGACCUAUUGCAGGGAGUACGUGGGGAAAUGGGAGGCAAAGAAGUAUGUCAAGCUCGACCCUCAGUAUCUCACAUGGACGCCAUAUGUUAUGGGCAGAAGUAAUGCGUCCAACUUUGAGCUUGGGCCGGCACUCAAUGCCAUCGCACCGCGUGAGGAGGAGGACGAGCCGAAACCGACAGAUCCUGCUGUCAGCAUUCUGCCCAACGGCGAGGCAUCCGUCGUCUUUGCUGCUGCUGCCACCGAUGGCGUGCCACACAACACCAGACUCCAGGUCGAAGGCGUGGUUCUCGAGUCAACCGAACCUAGCGACAUUGCGGAUGGGGCCGCGGCUGCGGUCACCGAUGGACUGACAGCUGCCGAGACCCAAGGAGAAACAUCGGCCACGAGUGGAAACGAUGUAGCUGAUGCCAUCCCAGACAGCGGCCCGGCUGAGCCGGAAUGGGUGGUCGCGUACAAAUCAGUACCAGUUACUCGCUUCCAAGUUUAUCCUUCCAUCUCACGGCGUGUCGAGCGGCCACGCCCAGUCAUCCGUGCGCCACCAAUCGUGCAGCAGCCAGUCACACUUCCACGUCCGAAGCCACGGCGCCCGCCUGCUAGCCGUAGGUCAACAACAUCGUCCUCAAAGCCGAAGAGCUCUACGACACGGGUCCGGAAGACGGGCGGCACGGGCCGCGGACCUGGUCGCUGGCCCAAGGGAACCAAGAAGAGUGACUAUGGCAAUGCUGACAGCGGACCGGGCUUACCUCCUGCCUGGAUCGCUGCCAGAAUUGCAGCUGAACAAGCCAAAAAGGUCCCCGUCGAGGAUGCCAAGACAUCAUCGAAGGCCAAGGCAACAGGAGAGGUCAUAGGGGCGGACGGGUCGGAGCGGGAGGCGGAGGAUACGGUGCAGGUGCAGACACCAACAGUCAAGGACACGGCGUCUCUCAAGGGGGGUCAGAGCUCUAGUGUGAAGAGUAGCGAGAAGAGGAACGGUGUUCAGGCACACUGAACAUCGAACAAACAGGCGGUGCGACUCCUGGGGAAACAGUAUACCAUUGUCCCACAUAUUGUAAUCUGGCUGGUGCGGAUAUUACUAUUACGGCGUCGGAACCGGUGGUGCUGGCGCUAUUCUAUUUCCUCUUUUUGAGCGCUGUAUUACUUGGGAUUUUGAGGCUUUUCUCCAUUCGUUAUUUUUAUCCCGGUAGUAGUCGUUAUCUCGUGUCGGUUUUUACUCGUCGCUACCUUCCUAGACAGUUCCUGAUUCCGCUCGAAUAAAAGAUACCCUCCAAGAAAACCACCAAAGUCACUAUUCCGUAGUUCACAU